GUAAAGGGGCAGGUGAUCUGGGUACGAUGCAAGAUAUUCAUCUGUGAAAGAAUAACCUUUGGGGUCUUUUUCUGUAUUAAAUAGGGUAGUACCUAUGAAAUAUGAUAAGGACUCAAUAAAGGUGAGCUGCUUUUAUUAUUCCAGGGUAUGCUGUUCUUUUCAUUAUUGGCUCAUUUCAUCAUCUGAAUCAUCAUAUCCAUCCUUUGACUCGGUAUUAACCACCUCCAUUUUAAUAAAUACGAGCACCAAAGGUGCAGAGAGAGAAACUGGUUUACUCAGCAUUAGCAGGUGGGAUUUAACUUCUCACUUGUUUUACCCUGUAGUUCAUACUGUUUCCCACACUACAAUCCACGGUCUUGGGUUGUAUUUCAGUACAGUAAUUGUCCCUGAGCACCACUGGGACGUAAUUGUGGAGUGUAGUCGACCUAAUCUUACCAUGUAGAGCUCUAUUUCCAGAAAUUCUUGAGGCUUCCUCAGAACCCUUGUGUCAAAAGGUUAAGGCCCUUCCUGCAUUCUCUGACCUCUAUUUUCAGAGGACUGUUAAUACAUGUAAAUUGAAAACUUAGGUUGAGCCCCGAAUUUUAAGUUUUACUGGUGAAGCUGGGAAUCCUUUCCCCACCAGAGGCUAGUUUCUGGAGAGAGAAAUGGGGCAGACGUUUUUAAAAGAUGAAAACUGCAAUUUCAUCUAUGCUCCAUGUUAUGAAAGGGAUAUCCUAACGCCUCUGAUUGGCUGUGUAUCUGGGCUCAUUAAUUAGGCAUUUUGUAAACACCAGGCCAGCUGGAAGUGGUUUCUGCUGCAUUUGAGAAGGACCUUAGCAUUAUAGCACCUAGUUACCUUUUGCUCCCUACAUGAAGUGCUUGUUUUGGGAUUAUGGUGCCAAAUUGUUAUUUUAGAAGUUACAUUUGUGUCACUGUCAACAGAUUACAUGGCCAUGUCAGAAUUCAUCAAGGCCUAAUUAAAUUUUACACUAGGCCCAGCACAAGGGUGGAGGGGACAGUGAAUUCCAGGGUACUGUCUGGAUUUGUGGCACUGGGUAAAGACUCAUAGGAUCAGAAUGGUACAUGAAAGGUGGUUCAAAAUUACCUAAUUCCUCCUCAUGUUAAAGAUAAUAGCUUUGAAACUAAGAUAGUCACUAGAUUUGUUAUUAGCAGAGCCUAGCAUAGAACCGAAGUCUCCAGGUCCACUAUACCAUAUGCAAGUCAAAACAAAGUUCUUGGAGAAGUGAUUUUUGAGAAUGCAAUUUAGGGAGAAUAACUUUCUUAUUUUUGAGAGCUUUGAAGACUUUCUAACCUUAUGGGGUUUAUAAUAUUAAUUGGAAAAAUCGUUAUGUAACAUUUUCCAUAUCAAUAAAUAUUUCUCUGAAACAUCAUUUGUAAUGCCAGCAUAGGGUUCCAUAUUUUGGAUAUAUAUUAUGUACCUUGCUUAACUAAUCUGCUAUUAUUUGAUGUUUAAGUUUUCAAUUCUUUUGUGUUAUUUAGUAAAUGGACACAUAAUUUUCAAAAGAGCCAAUAGGAAAGAAAUGUUUGUAUUCACUCAAAAAUGUCCCAGGUUCAUCAAGAUUAUAUCAGAGUCACCAAUGGACAGGUGAUUCCUGAGCUGUAAGAUAAGGUCUCUUAUGACUUCUGUCUUCCAACUUUCCCUGUUCUGGCUUCAUUGUUUCUGUCCUUUCCCAAAAGCAGCAGAAAAUGAACAAAUUCCGGGGACCAGUAACAUUCAAGGAUGUUACUGUGGAAUUCACCAAGGAGGAGUGGCAAUUACUGGAUGCUGCUCAGAGGACCCUGUACAAGGAAGUGAUGCAGGAGAACUAUGGUCACCUACUCGCAGUGGGUUAUCGUGUGAAUAAGCCAAAAGCAGUCUUCAAGUUGAAGCAAGGAAAAGAGCCAUGGAUAUUAGAAGUAGAAUUUCCACGUCGGAACUACCCUGAAGACAUAUGGAAUAUUCAUGACCUAGGAGCAAGAUACCAGGAAAGCCAAGCUGAAAACUCAAGGAAUGGAGAACUCACAAAACAUCAGAAAACUCAUACUGGAGAGGAAACCUAUAAAUGUAAUCAGUGUGGAAAGUCCUUCUGCCAGAAGUCUGCCCUCACAGAACAUCAGCAUACUCAUUCAAAGGACAAACCCAGUGAAUGUGGGAAAUCUGUCUCUAGGAAUGGAGACCUCACAAGACAUCAGAAAACUCCUACCAGAGAGAAAACCUAUGAAUGUAAAGAAUGUAAGAAAACUUUCUACCACCUGUCAUCUCUCAGUAGACAUUUGAGAACUCAUGCAGGGGAGAAACCCUAUGAAUGUAAUCAGUGUGAGAAAUCCUUCUACCAGAAGCCACACCUCAUGGAACAUCAGAAAACACACACAGGAGAGAAACCCUACGAAUGUACUGAAUGUGGGAAGUUCUUCUAUGUUAAGGCAUACCUCAUGGUACAUCAGAAAACACACACAGGGGAGAAACCGUAUGAAUGUAAGGAAUGUGGGAAAUCCUUUUCCCAGAAAUCACACCUCACAGUACAUCAGAGAACACAUACAGGGGAGAAACCCUAUAAAUGUAAGGAAUGUGGGAAAUUCUUCUCUAGAAAUUCACACCUCAAAACUCAUCAGAGAACCCACACAGGAGAGAAACCCUAUGAGUGUAGGGAAUGUGGGAAAUGCUUCUACCAGAAGUCAGCCCUCACAGUACAUCAGCGAACUCACACAGGGGAGAAACCCUUUGAAUGUAAGAAAUGUGGAAAAAACUUUUACUAUAAAUCAGACCUCACUAAACAUGAAAGAAAACACACAGGGGAGAAGCCCUAUGAAUGUCAUGAAUGUGGUAAGUCUUUCUCUGUGAAUUCAGUCCUCAGAUUACAUCAAAGGACUCACACAGGAGAGAAACCCUAUGAAUGUAAGGAAUGUGGGAAGUCUUUCUCUCAGAAGUCACAUUUUAUCAUACAUCAGCGAAAACACACAGGGGAGAAACCCUAUGAAUGUCAGGAGUGUAGGGAAACUUUUAUCCAGAGAUCAAAACUCACUGCACAUCAGAAGACACACACAAAGGGGAAAAGCUUAUAAAUAGUAUGAACUGAGAAAUUCUUCUGUCUGAAUUUAUCCUUCAGAAUAAUCAGAUAAUUCACACAAGACAAAAACCUUAUAAAUAUCAUCAGAAAUUUUAGCCACAAUCUUUCUUCACAGAGAGGAAAUACACAGAGAAAAAUUCUGUAAAUCUAUAAGGGAGAAAUUUUUACCAUAUGUCAGACUUUACUAAAUAUCAGACAACACAGAUGGG